AUGUUUGGGGAGGUAUUGUCACUACUAAACCUUAUAGCUGAUAACGAAGGAUAAUUGGGAUUGGGCAAGAAUCGAGGAUCCUCAUAAUACUACCAUAUACCAAAAAUUUGUCAUUAUAAAAUCGGCUUUGUCUAGGUUUCUUGUGGCAAGGAUCACACGGCCCUUCUCACUUAGAAUGGUCACGUGUACACCAUGGGCUGCAACGAGCACAAUAAAUUAGGACAUGUUACUAAACAGUCUGUGCAAGCCCCUUAAAAAAUAGAAUAACUGAGCAAGUACAAUCUUUUAUAUUAAAAGAGAGUUAUACAAGUCUCUUGUGGUUACACUCACACUGCAUGUGUUACGUCUGAUGGAUCCCUUUACACUUGGGGAGACAAUUCUUGUGGUUAAUUGGGAGUCAAGUAGAAUGGGAAUUUGAACAAAGUGAGUGCUUUAACAAAUUGUAUUCAAGUUUCAUGGCGCAUAUAAAUAAUAUAAAAAGAGGCUCAGGAAUGUUUUGGAUUUGGAUUGAACGACAAUUCUCAAUUGGGAAUCUCAAGAUUGAAAACCAUUAUUGAACCAACAAAAAUUAAAUUGCCUGCUUUAUAACAAGUCAGUGCAGGCAACCUAUUUUCGGUGUUCCUAACACAAGAUGGAAUUGUGUACAUUUGUGGAUUGGGUUUUGGAAAUUUAUAAAAAUUAAACUAUAAAUGUAAGAAGAUUCUACUGAUAAAUAGAAAAGUUUAUUAAGAUAGAUGGGAAGAGCACUCCAAUCGGUUUGACUUCAACGAACGAAUUAAUCUUUUUUGA